UGAUUAAUCCAUGGUUUAACACAUUUCAAUAAAAGCUCUUCAGUCAUGGAGUUAAACUUAAUUUCAGCAUUAUUCGCAUCUGGAACACAUGACAUAACGAUUAGCAUCUUUAAUAAAUCAUCGAAACGGCGUGCCUAAAAUAUGCGCCCUGCUGUCGUCUGUAGUUGUUUUGAAAAACAAACAAACAAACAAAAAAUCGUUCAGAAGAUCCGUUUAGUGGAACUCCAGCCCUGUAACAGGUUAACAUUCGCUAUCUCUACAUCACUUCCGCGUACUUCUCGCUUUAUAAACCAGACUGUCACAUUCAGGCGAGAGAUUCCUGUCAGCUUACAGAAAUAUACAAAUUAUUCCAGACAUCUCGGCCCUUGUCAGAUCGAAUUAAUGGAGCCCUUGAACUUUCUAACGACUGAAGAGUUGCUGUUUUUUCUCCACCGGAAAAAGACGGAGAUUUCGUGCAUCGAGCAACCGCACAGACUCCUCACUCAGCUGCGCGACCACGAUCUGGUUCCGGAGAAACUUUUUGAGAAUGUGAAAAAGAUGCGUUCUCGUGAGCAGAAGGAGAAGGGCAUCUAUGAGGUUCUGGACUGGGUGGAGAAAAAUAAACCACAGUACAUGCAUCAGUUCUGGCGCUGUGUGUUUGAAGACCAUAUCCUGCAGCUCUACCCGACACUACGCAUGCUCAGAAAAAAUCUGCUGGACGGCACUUUCAAAUUUGAUGAGAAACAUCCAGAUGUUGAGACACCAGCAGAGGAGGAAAAGAGUGAAGGAAAGGCAGAGAAAGUGAAGGAGAAGAACUACAAAAGAAAGAGAAGUAAAGAUGAUAGAAGUAGUGAGGAUAGUGAUGAUCUUGGUUCUUCCUCUGCUUCUACACCCAGUCAGAAGGAACCAGCGUCUCUUGUGAAGAAAGGAGACAAGCAGGAGAUUUGGAAGUGGCCUGUUUAUGAAACGCAUCUGCCUGUAACCUGUGGGGAUAAAGAAGGCACUCUCUAUCGGGUCAAAAUGCCCAGAGGGGAAAAGUGUAUUUUGUCUCAAGGACGCUGGUUCACCCUAAAUGAUUUUGAAAGGUUUGCGGGGAAGGAAAAGUGCAAAAACUGGAAACUCAGCAUCCGCUGCGGAAACACACCACUUAAGAAACUCAUUGAGGAGGAGCAUCUUCAGUGUCCACCGAUGGAGAGAAGAAAGAGAACAUGUGUCCAAAAAAACAUGAAUAAGCUGUUUCCUGUCAGUUCAUCUGAGAGCUCCAGUGAAGACUCUGAAACAAGCUCCAGUUCGGUGGAAGAAAGUGAUGCUGAAAAUUUCCAGGAACAGGGAUGGAGAGGAGGACGAACAGAGAUUAGAGGGAGAGUUGAGGAGGAAGAAGAAGACGUGGCAGAUCUGUCUGUUUUCCAGGCUCAUUCUUUACCAGUCACCUGUGUUUCACUUACUGGGACUUUAUACAAAUACAGGUUUGCAACAGGGAUACGUGGGAAGUGUAUACGUACUGAGGAAAGAUGGUUCACUCCGGAGGAAUUUGUAAAGCAGGAACCGACUCUUACAGAUGGGCACUGGAAGAAAGAUGUUCUGUGCCAUGAAAAAAUGCUCAACUUUUUAAUCAAGAAAAACAUCCUACGCAUCCAUUCGCUUCAAUGUGAAUGUGUAAAAUGCAGUACUCAAGAGGAAGAUGUGAUGGUACAGAACAAUGAUGACGAGUGUUACGUGUGUCACUCUAGGGGGGAUCUUGUGUGUUGUGACGAGUGUCCACGAGCUUUUCAUUCACAAUGUCACCUACCAGCUGUACAUGGAGACUCACCUGGGGAAUGGAUUUGUACCUUUUGCGUGUUUAGAACCAGUCAACAGUGGCGUGUCUCCAGUAACAUGUCUGAACAAGAGGCUCUCGAUGCCCCAGUGUCUCAAUACAGAUUGCACUGCCACUACCUCCUGUUAUGUGUGUACAGAGAGGACAUCCAGAAGGUGUUUGUUGAGGAUCCACGGCAAACGGUGCCCAGAUACUCUGAGUUCAUAUCUCAGCCGAUGUGGCUGGACAGAAUAAAGCAGAAGUUGGAAAGUGGAGAGUAUCAGACGGUACAAGCAUUCGUCUCAGACUUUCAGCUCAUUUUCAGCAACUGCAGAACAUUCAAUAGGGACAAUGUUUUUGGCCGAAUGGGUCCCUGGCUGAAGAAAAUGUUCGAGGAAGAGUUCAAGAAAAUCUUCAGUAUCCAAUAACAACUCUCUUUUACAAGUCUUUUAAAGAUACAGUUGAGAUCUGGAUAUCUUUGAAUAUUCACUAUAAUAUUUCAUUAUAAUAUACAAGAUGUCCUUUCCAAUGCAGCGAGGUCUGUGUACUUUUGCAUCCAUUCAUUUUUCAUUUUUGAACCCAGAAAUGAAAAUGUAAAAUGGUUUCUUCUUUAAUGGUUCAAACACCGAUGAAUAGAAUAAGCAGGCACAAACUAAUUUUCAUUAUUCAAAGUUUGUAUUUCAUUAAAAAUCGUAAAAAUUAUGGUUUCUAUUUUCAAGGUUUUUUUUGUUUUGUUUUGUUUUACACCAUUGAUUAAUGUUGCCAAUCAGACAUUUUCUGUUUAUUUCUUGAAAGCAAUGGCCAAGCGUUUCAGUUAGAAUCCACUCACUGCUCAUAAGGCCACAGUUUUGUUCAGUGCUGCACUCUCGAGAAUUUCUCAUUAUAACAAAGUGUAACAUGAUUAUGGAAGAAAAAUAAUGACAAAAAAAGCAUGUUGUGCAACUGCAAAAAAUUAAUGUCUUGCAUGAACAGUACUUGCUUUUUAAUGCCUUGUAUUUUCAAGGUUUGCAUUUUUAGGGUCUGAAAUUUAACAUAGUUGUUUAUUUAAGCUGUGGAUAUUUCAAUACAAAACAUUUCACACAUAUUUUUAUAAUUAAAAAUUAAAUAAUUCAUAUUCACCUUCUUUCCAGAAGUUACUUCCAAAAUAUUCAGUCCGUUUUAAAAAUAACGAUGAUGUAUAAUAUUUGACAGGCAAUUUUCAGUCAAUUUUAUUUUACUUUACAAAUUCGCUUCCACAAAUUCAGUGGUUUAAAUUUGGCUGAGAAAAUUGAGCAUUGCACAUCCAGGAACUGGAGGGAUAGCAGUAGAUUAUGUCAUGCAUAGUCUGGUCAACAGAUUCACAUAUUGAUCAAUAAUAUAAAAUAUACAAGUGUGUGAUUAUAAUUAAUAAUUGAUGUGAGUAGUAGCAAAAAUAUUUUGGUUGAACUGUUCGGAGUCUCUGAGACCCCAGCUAUAGAACAUGAUCAAAUGUAAUAGAGGUGUAACGUGCAUUCAGUUUCUGUCUGGUGUUGAGGUUAUUCUAAACUAUUCUACUGAAUCCUAGGGUUUUCCCUCAUAUGUCACACUCCAGGAUUUCCCAACAAUGCUUAAUGUGCCACAAUGAACUAAUAGAGUGACAUAAACAAGACCUCAGAUCUCAGUAUACACCUUAUUGAUGAUGCAAACUAUACAGGCAAGCAAAUGUACUCCGAAUAUAAACGUAACGCGCAAGGUUUCACGUAGUUUACCUCAGAAAUCUGUUACAAAGAAAACGUGGUUCAAUGGACUAACACAGUGCGGGGGACAGAAUCGCCUUUUUCUAAAAGCUGCUAUGCCCCUGGUGUAAAUGAUGUUAACGAAAUUACGAACAUGCGACAUUGCAGUUACGUUGCCAGUAAGUCAAUACAAUAUAUUAUUAAUAGAUUACGUAUCAGGAAAGUCCUUGUGAGUUGGUAAUUUAAUGGUAAUGAAAUCACGGACAUGCAAGGUUGUAGUCACGUUGUCAAUUGGUAAGUCAUGAAAUUGCCAAAAAGUACCAAUAUAUUACGUAACUAUUACCAUGUGUGUUAGCAGGGAAGAGAGCAACCUUUAGGAUCACUAAAAGGCUGUCACUCAUUUCAGUUUAUCACAAUCUCACAAAGUUCCGUUAUAAUCAAUGAAGCUCUCCACAUUGCACAAAGAAAAUUUUAUUUACAUCAUGUCUACACUUUCUUAUAAUGACAGGAUUCAUUAAGUUUGCAUAACUCAGCUCUAAACAAAAACUGGUGCUUUGAGCGGUGAGUGGAUUCUAACUUAAACGCCUCUGAUUGGCCAUUCUGUUCAUUAAAUCAACAGACAAGUCGGUGAUUGGCCACAUUGCUCAACGCUGCAAAAACACAUUGAAAAUAAGAAACCUUUGAAGCCCCUCUCCACAGCGCAAGCACACAUACGCAUUGGAAUUUGGCCUGACACAGCUGCCGUUUACUUUCCUGUUGUUGUUUAUAUCCAGUUCUGACCCCCGCCAGAUUACCCCCCCCCCCCUGUAUUGGUAGGUUUUGGAGCAGGUGUGGAGGAGGGGUUAAGGUUAGGAUUAGGGGAGGGCCUAGGAAUCAGGCAGGGGCGUAGUUUGCGGGGAAUGGGGAGAAGUAACUAUAGAAAUAUAAAAUACAUAGAUGCCUCAUUGGCCACUUUGGGUCGUUGCUGUCAAUGAAUCCGCCAUAUUGGUCCAGGCAAGUCUGUUCUAUUAACAAAUACAAU